UCACGUUAAGUAAAAUCACCUGUGAGCUCCGGCCUCGUUUGACUCUGUGAAGCUGGAAGGAUCUGCUGUUAAACGUUUCUCAGUAACGUACAGCAGGUGGCGGUGUGCAGCUUUUCUGAAACAAAGAAGAAGAAGAAGAAGAAGAAGAAGAAGCAGCAGCAUAUCGGCCGUAGAAGAAGAAGAGCACUUCCGGUAAAAAUACAAACACAUGGGAUACAUUUCUCUAAAGAAGGUGAAGUCAUGACGAGGUGGGCGAGAGCCAAUAACGUCCACAAACACAAGCCAGCGGAGGCCACUCCAUGGAAUCAGCUGAGAGGAGGAGGAGGAGAAGCAGGAGGUGGAGGAAGAGGAGGAGGAGGUAGUGGAGGAGGAGAAGCAGGAGGUGGAGGUGGAGGAGGAAGAGGAGGAGGAGGAGGAGCGCCUCCAGGCAGCUCUAGACCUGGACCCCAGAGGGACUACCUGAGAGGGACUCAGCCCGGAGGAUCAGCUGUGAAGAAACCCAACCGUCCCAAGAAGGAGUACGUGAGCGAAGACGUGAACGGCUUCCUGGAGUUCCUCCAGCAGAGCGGACAGCGGCUUCCACGAGGAGACGCAGGAGGACGGGAGCUCAGGGAGGAGGUGGAGACGGCCCUGAAGAAGGACAGAAGAAGAGAGGACAGAAGGGUGAAGAGGCAGGACAACAAGAGGAGCAACAUGCUGUGCUUUAACUGCAGGAAGCCCGGUCACGGGUUGGCCGACUGUCCGGAGGCCGACCAGGACGAGGAGAUGGGCCGAGGAAUCUGCUACCGCUGCGGCUCCACCGAACACGAGAUCCAGAGGUGUCGGGCCAAAGUGGACCCGGCUCUGGGUGAACACCCGUACGCUAAGUGCUUCAUCUGCGGUAAAACUGGACAUCUGUCUCGAGGCUGUCCGGAUAACCCUAAAGGACUUUAUGCUCAAGGAGGUUCCUGUCGUGUUUGUGGUUCUGUGGAACAUUUUCAGAAGGAUUGUCCAGAACAUCAGGCUGCAACUAACUCGGUGACGGUUUCCUGGUUGUCUAACAACAUGAGUGCCGACCACGAGGACGUCCACGUUCCGGUGAAGAAACCGAAACCCAAACAGACCAAAGUGGUGACGUUCUGAUCCGGAGCUCGUUUCUCUCUCUGAUCACCUGGACUCGAACUAACGGACUGAAUACCGCUCACAUCCUGACUGUCUCUGUGUAUUUAAGGAACUUUUAAUAAAGUUUUUUUUCUGUG